AAAUAGUAAUACUUAGGUAUGUGGGACUUGGACCUUACGCAUGUAAUAUCAUAUUGAUGUAUUUGCUUAACAAAUUCAACCUGCGUGAUCGCCUUAAAUACUCUGAUAAGGUUUUUAAGUCGGAUGUAGUUAAAAUACGCAAAGUGACAAUAACACUUAAUAUUCAGUUGGUGUUUGCAGAUGGGCAUAUCAACUCUGUUCUGUUUUCUGUAGUUUUGUUUUAGAUUUCAGCUAAACUAUGUCGGGCCUCAAGGAAUUUCAAAGUGUGGAAAGCAUUUUGAAAAAGAACCUCUUGGGAGAAGAGUACGAGAAAAUUCGGCAGAUUCUGUACGGGCGUCCAGUCGUAAAUUUAGAAAUUCCCUCUAUACCGAAAAACUUCGACAUUCAGGCCUACAGCAUUCCUUGCCCGGAAGAACAGCUACGCAAGCCCAGAUUAGUUAGGGUUGGACUGUUUCAACACCAAAUUCCGCUGCCAGCACCGUCAAAGGUCCAAGACAUGAAAGAGGCAAUGUUUAAGAUGGCCAGGGAAGCUUUGGAUGCUGCCGCCGCGAUGAAUGUGAAUGUAUUUUGCUUUCAAGAGGCGUGGAAUAUGCCGUUCGCGUUUUGUACCAGAGAAAAGUAUCCGUGGUGCGAAUAUGCUGAAUCUGCCCAAAAUGGACCAACCACUACCUUUUUGCAAAAAAUAGCUGAACAGCAUAACAUGGUGAUUAUUUCUCCUAUCUUGGAGCGCGAUGAAAUAAAUUCAGACACCCUGUGGAACGCGGCUGUUGUCAUUGAUAAUCACGGGGAUUAUUUAGGGAAACACCGGAAAAACCAUAUUCCGCGAGUGGGCGAUUUUAAUGAAUCAACCUAUUACUUCGAAGGAAACACUGGACAUCCGGUCUUUCAGACAGAAUUUGGCAAAGUGGCAAUAAAUAUUUGCUACGGAAGACAUCACCCUCUAAACUGGCUGGCUUUCGAACUGAAUGGGGCAGAAAUAGUGUUUAAUCCUUCAGCUACUGUUGGUGACCUAAGUGAACCUUUGUGGGGGAUUGAAUGUCGAAAUGCCGCUAUAGCGAAUGGAUACUUUACCUGUGCCAUCAACCGAGUUGGAACUGAAGUGUUCGAAAACGAAUUUACUUCCGGCAAUGGAAAACCUGCCCAUAAAGACUUUGGGCAUUUUUAUGGGUCAAGCUAUGUGGCCGCUCCGAAUGGAUCCAGGACUCCUGGUUUAUCUCGAAUAAAUAACGGCCUACUAGUGGUGGAGAUUGAUUUGAAUAUGUGCAGACAAGUGAAGGAUCACUGGGGAUUUCAGAUGACACAACGACUAGACAUGUAUGCAGACUUACUCUCAAAGGUGCUUGCUCCUGAUUUUAAGCCACAAAUUAUCAAAAAAUAAGUACCAAUGGCCAACUAAAUAAUCAAUACAUCAUUCUACGCAACCCAGUAUAUGUAAAGUUCCUAUUGCUAAAGGAGAAUAAAUUAAUUUUACUGUUA